AUGUCGCGACCGAAGAAGCCCACACACGCGGCUGUGACGCGCUUCGUCGAGACGUUUCUACCACUGAAAGAGAACGAUGUCCAGCGACUCUACCACGUACCACGACAUCCUCGAUACGACGCCCAGACGGCUGUAGUCGAGCAGAUUGUGCUGAGCGUUACUCCUACGCCAGGCGUCUACUCAUUGAUCGGCUACCCACUAGACGAGAGCACGAUCGGCGCAACGGCCACCAUCCCCAAGAUAUAUCCUCGGCCGCCACGGACGCUGUGCUUACUGCAUCGACCCUUCAACCUCGAUAGGCGCAGUGUGCGCAAAGGGACGCUCGUACUUUCGAGUCACACGUCUUUUGAUGAGGUGCUCACGGUGGGUUGGAACACGGUGCUGGCAGAACGUUUGGGAAUAAAGACGACAGACUGUCUUUGUGUCCAGGGCUACAAGGGAGACCCUCAGAGGAAGAUUGGGAUUGUAGGCCAGGUCUCUACACCUCUUCACAAACUUCUUGGUCGCAUACAGGUCGAGUUUGGUGAGUCAGAACUCGCGCAAGAAGGGCGCUCGGGCGAGAUUAGUAUCGUCGCGAUCAUGAACGCGUUUAACGAGGACGAGGUGCAUCGCGUGUUGGCAAUGGCUCAGGAGCGUGGCUGGAUAGCAGAAGGUGGAGAUGGUAGCCAUGUCCUUUACUUGACUGGCCAACCAAGAGCCAGUGGCAUAGAAGCCGCGAAAGCGCUGGGCAUGUCGGUAGCCUGCGUGGGGCAUCGGCAAGCUGAGGACUGGGGUAUACACUUUCUAGGUGAAGAGCUCAGGAAGGAAUUUCCUGGUACACAAGUGAAGGAGAUUUACGAGGAGGAGAUACCUAUUGUAAGAGAGAAGAAAGUACCUAUCGUACAACAUGUUGGUUAA